AGCGCAGCAGCCGAUCUUCCCACUCACGCGACGCGAUAAUCGUCGGGCAGCUUCCUCGUCACUCUGCCGAACGCAAAGCCGAACGCAGCAGCUUCCGGAAGGAGACCCAGGGUUUCAAUGGCAAGCGAAGAUGCAUUGGACGAGAUCCCUCUAAGCAAAAGAUUGGAGAAGAUACAGCAUAUAGAGAUUGCGAUGUUCUAUCUUGAAUUGAAGAGCAUUCAAUACAGCUUGAUCCAGACAUACACAACAGCGUCACCAUAUUUUUUGCACGCAAGGACUCAAGACGCACCAAGAGAUGGUAGACAUCGGAAAGGUGAAAAUGGAGGCUGUGAUUGAGAAUUCAAGUUUAUCAAGUGAGGAACUUCCUCCCAACUAUCCUUGAAAAAUUGAAUACUCCCUCCGUCCCGCUAUAUUCGUCCACUUUUGACUUUUGGAACUGUUCAUCUAAGCACUUUGACUCAUCAAAUUCUCUCAAUGUGUAAGCCUAAAUAUAGUCAUGCGUGAUCUUGUUUGAUUUGUCUUAACAUAUAGAUUAUUAAUAUAUAAUUUCUAUCAUUUUUUAAUAUACAAAUUACAAGAUAAAAUGGAUUAAAGAAGUGUAUUGGAU